UAGCAAGCCGUGUCUGCAGCUCAUAGCAAACCUCGUCACUCAAGCAUUGCGCCACGUAAAAGCCUGCUGCCAGAAUGCAAGUCUGGCGGUUCAACCUUUGCGCCCCAUGGGCCACCGCGCGCGCUUCCGUCUCCAGCGGGCUGCUGCUGCUCUUGGCCAUCGCGCUUUCGUGCGCGGCCGCUAAUGCGGCUGCGGAAGGCUCUGGAUCAGCCCGGGCGCCGGCUGAGACGCCGAGGCCGGGCUGCACGCGCGAGCUGAACAUGUUCACCUUCCCGCGCUCUGGGAAUGACGACCGGGCUUACUUCAUCAUGUUCUACGUGCCCUGGUGCCGCGGCUGCAAGCGCAUGGCUGAGCAGUGGGAUGCGCUGGCGGACGCUUUCAGCGCCGACCGCCGUGUUGUGCUGGCAAAGUUUGACUGCAUGCAGGACGAGGACUUUUGUGCUGAGCGCGAGGGCAUCGACCACACCCCCACGCUGAAGCUGUACCAUCGGGGCAAGGGAGUCGAGACCUACAAGGCCGACAUCUAUCACGUGGAUUUGAUGCGCCCCUUCCUGGCCUCACGCCUGGACCGACUGAUGGGCGGUGGUGCCGCUGCGGCGUCGCCACAGCAGCACCAGCACCAGCAGGCGCAGCAGGCGCAGCAGGCGCAUCCAUCACAGCCAACAGCAGCGGCGUCUGCAGCACCAGCACCGGCACCGGCAGCGUCACGGCAUGCCCAGAUGCAGAGGCCAGAUCUGCAGCAGAAGCGACCGGACCACAUACAGGAGCCGGGACGAGUUGUCUACGCGACACAUGUUGAGCCGGGCGUGUAUGACCGCCCAGCCAAUGCUUCAUUGGGGGAGCGGUCAGGCGACACCAACAAUAACACAGAGUACCAAGCACAUGACAACGCCGUACGCGCGCCAGUCGCUGACCACAUCAGCGCAGCUGGCGGUGCCAAUCAUAGCAGCAGAAUCACUGCACCACCUCAAGCACCUCCGCCAGCCAGCAUCCAUCCCGAGGAGCAGGCGUCCUCGACGACUGCUGUGGAGGAGCUGCAGAUUGAUCCCACGGUGGUUGACAUGGCCGCCGAGAUGGUGACGGACGCGCAUGUACGGCCUGCACACGCCGUCGGUGACGCGGCUGACGAAGGGGAUGAAGAGCGUGUGCACGUACGGCAGGGCCGCAAUGGCGGGCCAGCGGUGGAAAUGCUGCAGCGGGACCGGGAGGACCUGUAGCAAGCUGACGUGUAUACCGUUGAGCUUAGGCUGCGGCUUGGAACGGGUGCCCUAGGGAAGGCUGGAACAACCCAAGCUUAACAUGAAUUGGACACGCAAGGGGCACUUACCCUGUUACCCAAGCAAGCUGUAGAGGUGUAGGGCCAUAGGCUCGAGGCAUAUGCAUAU